UUGCAAGAAAUGCCCCCUUCCCCCCACCCCCGCAACGCGCAAGCGCUCGGGAUCGUGUGGGAAUGGUCGGUCCACGAACUAGGGGCUGGACCGCUCCGAGCGAAACAGAGCAAAAGAGUUUUAAAUGUCCGCCAUGUUGUCCAUGGCGCACUGAACCAACGAUAGGGAGCGGAGCGUCAGAAAAAAACAGUCCGAGAGAGAGCGACCAAGAUCCGGGCCUUCCCCCGGCUCCGUUGGCGACGCCCUAAAUACAAGCUACAACCAUUCGAUCGUUAGAAUAGAGAAUAACCGCACAGAAACAUCCAUGAAAGCUCCACUCGGUACCGUUGUGAAUAUUAGGAGAUCCGAUAGAUUUAUAUUGCAUCUCGAAUUGUGAAAAAUGAGUAAAUUGUCGUUUCGGGCACGGGCGCUGGACGCUUCCAAGCCACUACCCGUCUUCCGUUGUGAGGAUUUACCCGACCUACACGAAUAUGCAUCUAUUAACCGAGCCGUGCCGCAGAUGCCUACGGGGAUGGAGAAAGAAGAGGAAUCGGAACACCAUCUCCAACGGGCCAUCUCGGCACAGCAGGUAUAUGGCGAGAAGCGGGACAACAUGGUCAUCCCAGUCCCCGAGGCAGAGAGUAACAUCACCUACUAUGAAUCCCUCUACCCUGGGGAGUUCAAGAUGCCAAAGCAGCUAAUUCACAUACAGCCUUUCAGCUUGGACACAGAGCAGCCUGACUACGAUCUGGACUCGGACGACGAUGUUUUUGUCAACAAGCUGAAAAAGAAGAUGGAGAUCAGCUUCCUACAGUUUGAGGAGAUGAUUGACCGGCUGGAGAAGGGCAGUGGACAGCAGCUGGUGAGCCUUCCGGAGGCCAAAUUGCUGCUGAAGGAAGACGAUGAACUCAUCAAGGAGGUCUUCGACUACUGGAGUCGCAAGAGGAAAAACAGCAAGGCCAAUUCUCUCAUCCCCACCGUCAAGCAGGAGAAACGGGACGGCUCCAGCACCAGUGACCCCUAUGUGGCCUUCCGACGGCGCACAGAGAAGAUGCAAACCAGGAAGAACCGUAAGAAUGACGAGGCGUCCUAUGAGAAGAUGCUGAAGCUACGCAGGGAUCUCAGCCGAGCCGUCACAAUUUUGGAAAUGAUCAAGAGGAGGGAAAAGAGCAAGAGGGAGCUGCUGCAUCUCACACUGGAGAUCUUUGAGAAGAGGAAUGUCAUGUCAGACUUUGGUGGUGAGGUGAUGGCGGAGGUGUUGGCCGAGCGGGCACUGGUGAGGCCUCAGAUCAUUCCCCUGGUCCCUCUCACCAACCAGUACAGACACCAGGACCACAUGGACCUCAAGGACUAUAAGUCCAAGCCCGAGAAGACGGAAGUUCCCAGACAGAAGAGGAAGUACGAGAAGAAGCAGAAGGUGUUGCCUCUGUCAUCGGGCACCCCCCACCAUCCGGGCCCUGUUGUCUUCAAUGCCAAGGACCUCAACCAGUACGACUUCCCCAGCUCGGAUGACGAGCCCUUCUCCCAGCUGCACUCAGGCUCAUCAGAAGCAGAGGAGGAGAAUGACCCAGAUGGUGCCUAUGCCUUUCGCAGGAAGGCAGGGUGCCAGUACUAUGCUGCUCGUCAGGAUCGUGUGGGUAGCUGGCCUUGGUGUGGACCAUGGGAGGACGGUUUGGCAGAAGCUCGCUUUCGCUACAGUCUCACCACACUCACUGUGCCGCGGCGUUGCCUUGGCAUGGCUCGGCGACGUGUGGGACGAGGCGGCAGGGUGUUGCUGGAUCGGGCUUACACGGACUACGACAGCAUCUUCCACGGACUGGAUCCAGAAAUACUCGACCUGCCUCUUUCCCCCUCUCCCCCUCCACUUCCUUCACUUACAACUACUUCACGCUCACCGGCCACCGACAAGUUUGCCAGUACCUCAGAAACAAAUACCUCAGACAGAAGUUCCUCCUCCCUCAACUCCUCUUUUUCCUCUUCCUUUCCAUCUUCCACGGACCUCAGUCAGAUACUGUUGAAUAUAAAGUCGUGCCGAUGGAGGCACUUUAGACCACGGACACUACCACUACACGAGCUGGACAAUGCCCACCCGUUAUUCAGGAAGUUGAGUCGAGGCCUGAAGCGGCCAGUCUCGGCUUCCACAGCUGGGGGACAGCCCUAUGGCUCUCAGCGCCCGGUGAGGGUUGUCCCUACACCCGCACCCGUUGCUGCUUUCACAGCCGAACAGUACCAGCAGCAUCAGGAGCAGCUGGCCCUGAUGCAGAAAGACCAGCUGGAGCAGAUCCAGCUGCAACAGCAAGCCAACAGCACCUCCGUUGCAAACAGUACACAUGGCCAGGCGAAUACAUUGGACCAGGCCAGCGCUCAGUUCGCCGCCUCGGCCCUAAUCACUGCCGACCAACUGCUGGCUCUCAAAACCAAGGAGGAGCUAGCCCUGGGAGGCGGAGUCAAUGGCGUCCUGUCCCCCUCAGGUGUCUACAAGGGCUUGCACCUCUCGAGCACAGCGUCCCCUUCCCCUGCUGCUCCGGCUCCUCCCACCACUACCCCGACUCCCGCCUUGCUCCACCCCUGCACCACCACCAGCUCCACCUCUGCUACCAGUAACAACAACGGCACCGCCCACCCUGUCAACACCACUACCACUACCGCCACCACUCAGGUCCUGCUGGGAAACAAUAACAGCCUCCGUCUGGGUGUUCCCACCGGCAAGCGUGUCCACGCCCCCCGAACGCUGAGCACCACCAUGUCAACAUCCGCCUUAAAACUUGCCCAUGCAGCCACCGCCAACUGUCAGAAACCCAAGGUCACUACAGCCUCGGCGUCACCGCUGGACAUAGUGCCCAGGGAGAAUCACGAACAAGACAAGCCAGCACUGAACAGUCUAUCAGAGAACUCAAUGGCCAUGGAGGUUACGUAGCCUCCCGCUUGCAGCGCGGGGGGGAACGUGACUCCUUUUUUUUGUUUUUUGUUUUGUUUUUGUUUUGUUUUUUUAAGGUGCUAUGCAUCGUUUGUUUAAUCGUGAAAGCAAGUGGUGGCGGAAUGAGCGCGGCAGGGCUGGGUUUCCAUGGUAACUGUUUUGGGACUUAACUGCAAUGCUCGUCUCGUACUAUUUUCUUUCUUUUUUCUCUUUUUUUUUUAUUUGCUCUACUCCCCCAUUUCCCUAUUUGUUACUGUUAAUAAGAGAUCGUCUGUAAAUUCUUAAUAUGACAAAUAUAUGUACAGUACUGCAUAUUUGUAAUACUCCCCUCCCACCCUCUGUUCUUGUAUAUAACAUUACUUGAAUACAGAAUUGUUCAUUUGUGAUGUUUUGCACUCGAGAUAUUAAAAAAAAAAAAAAAUCCAAAUUAAAAAAGAGAAAACGACAAACUGCAACUGGUGCGAGUAUGAGGUGUGAAAGUUGUACCACAGAAAAAUGUAUGUCAUCACAUGCAUGGUGCGGAACCUGCUGUUUGAUCUAUUUAUUGUGCCGUGUUUACAAAGCUUUUUUUUUCUUUUUUUUUUUUUUUUUUUAUUUCAGUUCAUGGUUUGGUUUUUUUUAAAAUCUUUUUUUUUUUUUUUUUUUAUUUUAUACACUGUACCCCUCACCGGUUCCCCGUGCUGUAGUCAGUGUUUAGCUAGAUUUAAGAAAAAAAGAAAAAAAGAAAAAGAACUCUGUAUUUUUUUGGAUGUUGUGAACAUGGCUGGUGGCUCGCCCGUUUUUGUUGGGCGUUCUUCCAUGAUGUUCCCAUGUGUCAUGUUUGAAUCCAUGGAGACGCGUUCAUAGAGAUUCAGGCGCAGGGCAGUAGAAGACGACAGGUGUGAAUUUGUUUGUUGUAGGCAUCAGUUUGUCAGUGGGUUAAUCAGUUUCCACAAAGCUCUUCCAUACAUAUAUUAUUCCUGAGACAAGUAACAAAACAAUGGGGAUGAAGAUUCUUUCCCAGAAGUCGUUGCUGCUUCUGACUUUACUAAGCACUAUAUAAUGUUUUGUUUUUUGUUUUUUUUUUAAAUUUGAUUGAUGCUGCUUUUGUAUGAUUUAGGUCUCUGGUUUGGACCAGGUGGCCUUAUUUACUUUUUGUUUUCUCCAAAAGAUAAUCUCCCACCUAAUCAUUUUUUAAAAAUAAAUAUUUUUGUAUUGCCCACUCUUUUCGGUUUUUAUUUUAAUUUUCCCCUCAUGAAAGACUUCAUUCUUUUGUUACUUGUUAAUCUUAAAAAAAUAAAAAACUAAGGGAAUUAAAAAAAAUGCAGUAACUGACAUUUAUUAUCAUUCCAGCUUCUACAUAAUAAGGAAGAAAACAUGUAUUAAUUGAAAAGAAAAAAAAACAUAAGAAAACAGCCGUUUUCUCUACUUUAAAAACUCUCCAGAAGGCUGCAAGGCCAUGAACCACAAGUUAUCGGGUGCCUUCAUUUGGGAAAAAAAGAAAAGAAAAAAAAAAAACUAAAAAAGAAAAAUAAUCGCUCUCUUCUGUGAAGAGUUUGGUACUGAACAAGGCUACUUGUAGUUUUUCUUUGUCUGUACCACAAUCCCAAUGCCCAUUCCAAUGGCCCAGUUUAUUCAUGAAUUUUUGUUCUGUUUUUGUAAACCCUUCCUCCCCCACACACACACACUUACACACACGCACGCACACACAGGAAAGACUAAGAAUCCUCUUGAAUUGUCACAAAAUGAAAUAAAAAUCCAGGGCAUUAUGUGUUUUGA